GCGCAACAAAAAGCACCAAGCUGUCAACAACAGGGCAAAAGAAGGGCGACAAAAGAAUUUUCCAAUCAUGAAGAUGGCUGACGGUUCUACGAUCCUUCGAAGAAACAGACCCGGAACCAAAGCUAAGGACUUCUCAAACUGGCCCGAUGAACCGUUCGAAGAGAUGGACAGCACUCUUGCAGUGCAGCAGUACAUUCAGCAGAUGAUCAAGAAGGAUCCCUCCAAUGUGGAGCAAAUCUUGACGAUGCCUGACGGGCAAGACGAGGGCGUAUGGAAGUAUGAACAUCUCAGACAAUUCUGCAUGGAAUUGAACGGUUUGGCGGUGCGGCUACAGACGCAGUGUUUUCCCGCCACCUGCAACCAGAUGACGGCGACCGAGCAGUGGAUCUUCCUGUGCGCGGCGCACAAAACGCCAAAAGAAUGUCCGGCGAUUGACUACACUCGUCACACGCUGGAUGGGGCCGCUUGCCUUCUCAAUAGCAAUAAAUAUUUUCCCAGCAGGGUCUCAAUCAAGGAAUCAUCAGUGUCCAAGCUCGGCUCCGUGUGCCGGCGUGUUUAUCGAAUUUUCUCGCAUGCGUACUACCACCAUCGGCGAAUAUUUAAUGAGUUCGAGGAGGAAACGUAUCUGUGUUUGCGGUUUACUCACUUCGUCACAAAGUACUCUCUGAUGUCGAAAGAAAAUCUGAUUGUUCCGAUUCCGGAAGGAGAAUUGACGCCCGGCGAAAGCGAGGCUUAAUAAAUUGAAACUUUUUACCCCUAAACCUCUACUGCUGUAAUGCCCUUUCUGGACUAUUGAUGGUGAUCUAGGACAGAGCGUUUUAUUUGUGUAAAGGAUUGAUUUUCUUUAUAUUUUUGUUCCAAAUAUGCAAAAACAACAACCAUGUUGAAUCUAAGUUAAUUUGUUCAUUGUCCUUCGAAAUGCUUAAUAACAGCUUAUAUUUGAACUUUCAUUUCUGUGUUGUAACAUUUGAACGUGUCAGCACCAAGAUUUUCCUAUUUCGAUACAUCUUAUACAGGACAACAGAGCAUGCCAUGGAAGUUUAUAAUCAAAGCAAAACAUAAGCUGUGUUCAAUGACUUUGAUCGAACUUGCUCGGGGUUGGUUGUACUAGCUCGUAUUUUUUGUCAACAAAUAACUGUCAAAGCUACUUCGAGCAACUCCAAGCUGCUUUCUCAAUGAACGCUCUUUUUACUCUUUUUACUAAUUUACCGGAAUUCCACGUGAAAAAAAAUUCGCGCACUUAACAAUCCGUAUCGCUUGGAAUUUUGCUUUUUUUUCUUAAUGUUUACGUUUUUAAACGUCAAAAACACGAGCUACUGCGAGCUGGUUGAACUAGCUCGGACUCUAGCUUCCAACCUGUUUCGAGCGACUCGGAGUUGGUUGGACUCGGCUCAAUGAACACAAACCUGAGCGACUCGAAGUAGGUUGGAGUGGCUCAAUGAACACCAAAAGCUGACUCGCAAGUGGUUGCAACCAAGUUCGAGCAGCUCGUUGAACACAGCUAUAAUUAUACUAUUUCAAUCAUUUAAUAACCAGGGGGAAACACAAGUUAAUGAGAAUAUGAAUAUAUUGGAUCAGCGUCAUUCGAAAUCUGUAUAAUCUACUCGACAAAAAAACGUGUAAAAUUAAAAGUAUUUAACGAUUGAACAGUAGUGUAAUUUAUAUAAAAAGUAUGUAGACUACAAAUAUAAAAAAAUAAAACAAACAAUAACUAUCUCUUAAGACGUCGCACCGAUCUUCAAAAGGCUGAAGGAAAUAUUGAAAUGUGAACCAGAAAACGAUGCGCUAGACCGUGAACAACAACCAUCCGUCUUCGGGGUCCUGUGUAUUUCAUCUAUCUAAUGCAUGCGCACCCUGUUUGUUACAUCUACCUAUUUUCUGAAACACCCAGCGAAUGAAUGUUGUGGGGCGAAAUAAUGUAUGAUUUCUUUGAAAAAGAAAAAAAAUGAGGGAAGAACUAAGCCGCAGUGUUAAAACAAUAAGUUCGUAGGAUUUUUGGUAGAAGCAAAACAAUGUACGUGUCAGUUUUUUAAGCUAAUUGAAGUUAAAAGAAUCCAAAAAAGGGAAGCAUUAAUACACGACAAUUUAUAAGAUUCGCAACAGAAAAGAGAAUACACAGUGUUUAGUAACUAUUAUCAGCUAGCUAUAUCAGUAGCGAUUGAAAGAAGACAAAUGUUGAAGGAAAUCACCGGAGGUAAAAGAUGUUUACACCUGAAAGGAGAGAUUAUGUAAUUAAGCCUUGGAAAGGAAAGUCAAAUAAAAUCAUUAGUAAUAUGAUCAUUUAA